AUGGAAGCAACAUUUUGUUUAAGUGAGAAAGGCAUGUCAUUAUUGGGUUUCAAUAAAGAUUUUGAUAAUUUUAAAAAUAGAAUUGUCAAGGAGUUACAAGAGUUGAAAUGUAAAAUAGAUAAAACGCCAGAUAGUAAUGAACAAAAUUUAAGCACAGGAAAGUCGUAUGCUAAAAGAGUAGGAGGUGAAGCCGUUGUUAUUAAACCAAAAGUAAAACAAGAUAGUAGUAAAACCAAAGAUUUUCUAGUUAAAAAAGUGAAACCGGCUGACUUGGAGGUUGGUAUAACUCAAAUUAGGAACCUAAAAGAUGGUGGAGCAUUUAUUAAAUACAAAACUAAAGAGGAAACGAAUAAACUUAAAAGAGAUGAAAUUAGAAGAUAUAGGUUCUCCUCACCACCGAAAACCAAUAAAUAUUUGGACCAACAUUUGUUGGUAGUCCAUAAAGUUGGAUGUAACGAGAAGUUUGGUUGUAAAAUUGAAAUUCUUGGCGAGCAAGAAUUAAAGGAAAAAUCGAAAGAAGAAUUGAAGGAAGAAUUGAAGAAAGAAUUAAAGAAAGAAUUAAAAAAAGAAUUGAAAGAAGAAUUGAAAGAAGAAUUGAAAGAAGAAUUGAAGGAAUAA